UGUUCCGCAUUAAUCAAACUACAACACUCUAUUUCCUAACACAUGUAUUACGUUAGGCCAUUAGCAUGCCAAUAAUUCAUAUUCUCUACAUAUAUAUGUACAAGUUGAUCUAACACCUGGUUUAGCGCAAAAUGGAUCCCAUUAAAAUUGCAAAUGAAUCGGCUAAUGAGCUAGUAAAUGCACAAACACAUGUUUGGAAUCAUAUUCUCUCUUAUUUAAACUCCAUGGCCUUAAAGUGCGCAAUUGAGCUAGGCAUCCCUGAUGCCAUUCAAAAGCAUGGCAAGCCUAUGACUGCUGAAGAGCUUGCAAUUUCACUGUCUCUCCAUCCAAACAAAACUCCUUUCCUUAAUCGUUUAAUGCGCCUUCUCUUCCAUUCCGACUUCUUCUCCAUUCGAGUAUUAUCGAAUGGAGAAGAAGCAUUCGAUCUCACCAUAAACUCUCGAGUUUUAUUGAAGGAUCACCCUCUUACCCUAACACCCCUUGCUCUUAUGAUGGUUGAUUUGGUUCUGAUUGAGCCAGCACAACAUUUUUCUAGUUGGUUUAAAAGUGACGAUGUGACUUCUUUUCAUAGCUGUCACAAAAAGAGUUUUUGGGAAUAUGCAGCAUGUGUACCCAAGUUUAACAAACAUUUUGAUGAAGCCAUGACAAGCGAUUCUCAUUUUGUUGCAAGCUUGUUGGUUAAUAAUAAUGAGUUCAAGGGCUUACUCGAGAGGAUAGAGUCGUUAGUCGAUGUCGGUGGCGGCAGUGGAACAAUGGCUAAGGCCAUUUCUAAGCUCUUCCCUGAGUUAUCUUGUGUUGUUUAUGAUCAACCAUAUGUGAUUCAAGGGUUAAAAGAGGAUGGAAAGAACAUAAAAUAUGUUGGAGGUGACAUGUUUGAAGCAAUUCCUCCUGCUCAAGUCGUCUUACUCAAGUGGAUACUCCAUGAUUGGAGUGAUGAUUGCGUAAAGAUACUUCAACGGUGCAAAGAGGCAAUUCCUAGCAAAAAUGAAGGUGGCAAGAUAAUUAUCAUAGAAAUGGUUGUGAAAUUCAACCAUGAAAAUGUCAAUUACUCUAAUUCCCAACUUCUGAUUGACGUGUUGAUGCUACUUCACCUAGAGGGGAAAGAAAGAACUGAAGAUCAGUGGAAAAGCCUCUUCAAAAGUGCUGGUCUUGGUGAGUACAAGAUUUUCAGUAUGCUAGGGCCAAGAUCUGUCAUUGAAGUUUAUCCUUUACAAUAACUUUCAAGUGCUCCUACAUGCACAUGCAUUCUGGUUAUCACUCUUUCUUGUACUUGUAUUGAAGCUUGCACUGAUAAUAAAAUUUGGAAGCUAUGCUUUAUUAUAUAUAUUUAUAUACUUCAUAAACUAGUUUUGAAUUAAGCUCGUACGUUGAACGGAUUGUUGUUUAUUUUAUUUGUUUGCAAAUUUUUUUGUAACAUUGUUAAUUUUUUGUUGCUGUGAAAUAAGAUUUUUCAACACCGUUGUAUUUAUAUACUUCCUC